AUGGAUUUGAUAAAACUAAACUUCACUGUGACUGAAUUUGUGUUCCUGGGGCUCUCAUCUGAGCCAAACAUGCAGCUCAUUCUCUUUAUUAUAUUUUUGUUCUUCUACUUAUUAACGGUGGCUGGAACUAUCAUCAUCAUUAUUUUCCAGAUAGAACCUCGUCUCCAAACUCCCAUGUACUUCUUUCUCACUAAUGUAUCCUUUCUGGACAUUCGCUACACAUCCACCAAUGUCCCACAGAUGCUUUCCAACACUGUGCGUAAGAGGAAGACUAUCCCAUUCUCCAGCUGCAACACUCAGAUGUACUUCUCCCUCUCCUUUGGGAUGAUUGAACGUGUUCUCCUUGGUGUCAUGGCUUAUGACAGAUAUGUAGCCAUUUGUCAUCCUCUUCCUUAUACUCUCAUUAUGGACAGAAGCACCUGUGUCCAACUGGCAGCUAUUUCUUGGUCCAGUAGCUUCCUGAGUUCCAUGGUUAUCAAUGUCCUUACCUUGAGUUUGCUAUACUGUGGGCCCAAUAUCCUAAGUCACUUUUUCCGUGAGGUUCCUUCUGUUCUGAGGCUGGCUUGCACCGACACCUCACUCACUGAGCUGGUCAUUUUUAUCUUCGGUAUCAUCAUUGUCUUCGUCCCUUUCCUCCUCAUUGUUGUUUCCUAUGCCCGGAUCCUUCAGUCUGUUCUCAGGAUGCGGUUAGCCUCCGGGAGGUACAAGGCACUGUCCAUGUGUGCCUCUCAUCUGACAAUGGUGGCCUUAUUCUAUGGAACUGCCAUCUUCAUGUACAUGAGACCCCAGUCGAAGUCCUCCCAGGCUGGGGACAAGAUCAUUGCAGUGUUCUAUACUGUCGUCACCCCCAUGUUCAACCCCUUAAUCUACAGCCUAAGGAACCAAGAUGUGAAAGGAGCUUUAAGGAGAGCUAUUGCAAGACAGAGGACGUGA